AUGUCUGUACUAUCGGAACUCGACAGGGACAUCGAACUCCAUCCUCCACAAGCAGCUGCAGACUGCCGAAGCUCUCCCUCAUCUACUCGAUCCAGGCGCACAUUAUCACAGGCUUCCGAAAGCUCCACUUCGCUGAACUCGGUGAAUUGGGAGGAUCUAGAAAAGACAGAAGAGCAAGAGCCUCGGGAUGAAGCCACCGAUGAGUCUACGGCCUUACUGCUGGCCCGACUGGAGAAAGAGAAUGCCGCCCUGGCAACAGACCCGAAGGCAGGAAUUGCACCACGUGCCCGUCCGCGGAAGAACACUCGACCGCCUUCGAUACAACAACUGAAGAAGCUGGUGGACGGUCCGCAACGCCAAUCAUUAAGAUAUUCGAUGCUACCUGCUCCGCCGAUGACCGAACUGGAAUUUUGGGCGGCUCUGGUUCAGGACUACAACCAAACUGCCCAACGACUGCCUACGCUCACGUCUAACAAGAUCCGUGGUGGUGUACCGCCGCCUCUGCGAGGCGUGGUGUGGCCUAGCAUUGCCCGGGCGCAGGAUCCUUUUCUCCACGGCGAAUAUCAGCGACUCUCCACUGAACCGAGCCCGUACGAUGCCUUGAUUGGCAAGGACGUAGGCAGGAGCUUCCCAAAUGUCGAUAUGUUCCGUGAGACGGACGGCGAUGGUCAACGAAUGCUUGGACAGGUUCUAAAAGCCUUCAGUCUUUAUGAUGACAAGAUCGGAUAUUGUCAGGGUCUUGGAUUCGUGGUCGGCCCGCUCUUGAUGCACAUGACCGAGUCUGAAGCAUUCUGCAUCCUCGUGAGACUCAUGGAACAUUAUGACCUCCGAUCAUGCUAUUUACCCGAUCUGUCGGGUCUCCACCUUCGAAUCUAUCAAUUUCAACAACUACUGACGCGCCAUCUGCCCGACCUGACUGCCCACUUCGAGAACCUCAAAAUCGAGCCGCUUUAUGUGUCACAAUGGUUCUUGUCUUUUUUUGCCGUGACAUGUCCGCUCCCUAUGUUAUUGCGAAUCUACGACGUCAUCUUGUCUGAAGGAGCAACGGAAACAUUGAUGCGAGUGGCACUCUCGUUGAUGCAACGAAACCAGAAAAAGCUUCUGGCAUUCACUGAAUUCGAAGAUGCCAUGCAGUUUUUACUGUCACGAAGUCUCUGGGACACCUACGCUCAGCAGGCCGAUGAUCUCGUCGCAGAUUUUGUAUCUCUCACAAGCUUGGUCAGCCAGGAACAUCUUCAGUCGUUGGAGGCCAGUUUCCAGCAAUCGCAAAACCUGACCGCAGCACCAUCUUUGAUGACUGCAGCGUCGAACUUCCUAGGUCGAUUUUGGGCAAGUUCGACGCAUGGCUCUUCUCGGUCCGCGAACUUGAGUCUCCUUAUCCCUGGCAACAACAAAUCCAUCAGGAAGUCGUCCUCAGGACAUAGUUUGACAUCGACGCUCGAUUCGGUCGAGACGUCCAAUUCGGAGACAAGUACACUGGCUACAGACCUGUCUGAUGAGGGCUCAUUGAAAGUUGUUUCUUCGAUCACCCUGGUGGCAGAUGCCAACGCUGCUCCUGCACCGAGCUCUGGUGACCGUAAUCUGCACCACCAGAUUGAGGACCUACUCACGGAAUUAUCGAAGCUUCAACGGCAGCAGGUCGAACUGGCUCGAGAACUCCAGAAAGAGCGCGAGGAACGAGAAGAAGAUCGCCAAACCGCACGAACAUUGCUAGAGCACCUACAACAACAAACAGCAGACAUUAAAGAGAUUGUCGGGGGAGAGCCUACCGAAGAAGACGUGGCCUUGGAGGUUUUCCUAGAAAAAGCCCAUCGGCAGCUGAGUGAGAAGGCCUCGAAGCGGCUGUCCAUUAUGCAGUCGAAGCACCAAUUGCGUGACUCCGUGUCUGAAUGGAAAGAGAGGCACGAGGCCGAAGCGCUGAAGUGCCAGGAACUCAUGAAGCAGCUCGAUGAACGGGAAGCAGAGCAUAACUCUCUCAAGGAGGACUUGCGGGACGCUCGGGCUCGGAUUCAAGAUGCCCAUAGGGAGAAGCAGCGCCUUGAACGGACACUGGCAGAAUGCCGCUCUCGGAAUACUUCGGUACCCGACUCGCCCUCAGACACUUACACCCCUAUCACUGAGGUUCCCGAUCCAAAAUGGCCUCCUCCAAAGGCCGGGCUUCGAGAGUUGAAGUUGGGCAAACCGGAUCCUGCUAGACUGUCCACCCUAGGACCAGGGACAUUUGCUAAACGUUCGAGCAGUCUCAACACCCAGGCUAUCCUUGCCACCGACAACCACGAGCCCGUACCGAACGAGGCGCUCUUGCUGGAGCUGGUGAAUGCAAAAACAGCCGAAGCCGUGGCUCGACAGGAAUUAGAAGAGACCAAAGGAAAGCUGGAAUCCCUUCGCAAAAUCCUGGGUGGGUCGAGCUCGUCACCGUCAGCCCGAGUCAGCUCAUCAGACUCGCCAGUCGCCUCCAACACUGCCGCGGGAAGCCCUGGGACAAAGGAUGGUCCAAAAGUAACUCAUGCCACAUCAGCAAGUACUGGAGGGUUCUUUAGCGGAUGGGGCAAGCGUGGUUCUUGA